AUGUUUAAGGACAGUGAAGGUGAAGAUGUGUUUUUUGAUCUAAAUGGAGAUUCACCAGCACUUUAUGACGUACUGAACUGGCAAGUAUCACCUAAUGCAACCACCACAAAAUAUGUUCAAGUUGGGCAAUAUGACUCCCGUGUUCAUUCAGGACAUGAUCUCUACAUCAAUGACAGCUUAAUUGUUUGGAACAAUGACAACAAUCAGAUCCCUCACUCAGUCUGCAGUGAGCCAUGCUCUGUUGGAAUGAGGAAAGCUACCCGUAGGGGGGAGCCAAUAUGCUGUUAUGACUGCAUUAUUUGUUCCAAGGGGGAGAUCUCUAAUGUGACAGAUGCCAGCAAUUGCUUUAAUUGUCCAGAAGACCAGUGGCCCAAUGAAAAACAGAAUGUUUGUAUCCCAAAAUCUGUGGAUUUCCUUUCUUAUGAAGAGGUUUUGGGUUUUGUUUUAACUGUGUUUGUAGUAUGUUUUUCCUUAAUUACUGCUUUCAUCUUAUGUAUUUUCAUUAAGUACAGGGACACUCCAAUUGUGAAAGCCAACAACCGUGAACUCAGCUAUCUUAUCCUUACAUCUCUGUUCCUUUGUUUUUUAUGUCCAUUAAUAUUCAUUGGUCAACCAAAAAUGAUUGCAUGUCUGUUGCAACAAAUUGGCUUUGGUAUUAUAUUCUCCCUGUGUGUUUCUGGGAUCCUGGCCAAAACUAUUACUGUAGUCAUUGCGUUCAAAGCAACAAAGCCUGACAGCAAUUUAAGGAAUUAUGUGGGACCAAGAACACCCUAUUAUAUUGUAAUUGUCAGCUUAGUAGUCCAAGUCUGUAUAUGCAUCGUAUGGUUGGCAAAAUAUCCUUCUUUUCCUGACCAGAAUACGAAAAUAGAAGAGGGGAAAAUUAUCCUGGUAUGUAAUGAAGGCUCUAAGAUAUUGUUCUAUUGCAUGCUGGGAUAUCUGGGCCUUUUAGCAUGUGUUAGCUUUGUUGUUGCCUUUCUAGCCAGGACAUUGCCAGACAGUUUUAAUGAAGCUAAAUUUAUUAGUUUCAGUAUGAUUAUGUUUCUCAGUGUCUGGCUGUCUUUCAUCCCAGCAUACCUCAGCACAACAGGGAAAUAUAUGAUAGCUGUGGAGAUAUUUGCCAUCAUUGCCUCAGGUACAGGAAUCAUUAUUUGCAUAUUUUUACCAAAAUGCUACAUUAUUCUUCUAAAGCCACAUUUAAAUACAAGGGAACGAUUAAUUGGAAAUAAAAGCUCAACUAAGAAAAUAUAA